AUGAUACAGCAAAAUGAUGCUGACAUCUAUGAGUUCAUCCUCCUAGGAUUCCCUACCAUCAGGAAGCUGCAGGCUUCACUGUUUGUACUGUUCCUUAUUGUGUAUUUGUUGACUGUCCUUGAAAACAUGGUCAUCAUCAGUUUAAUCAGAAGCAAUCACCAGCUCCACAAGCCUAUUUACUUUGUCUUAGGCCAUCUCUCUUUUCUAGAGGCAUGGUACAUAUCAGUCACUGUUCCCAAACUGCUGGUCAACUUCCUGAUGAAAAACAAGAGCAUCUCCUUCACAGGCUGUAUGGCCCAGCUGUACUUCUUCAUUGCCCUGGUCUGUACCGAAUGCAGCCUCCUGGCUGUCACGGCCUAUGAUCGUUACGUGGCCAUCUGCAGUCCCCUGCACUAUGCAGUCAUCAUGAACCAUAGGCUCUGUGUGCAGCUGGCCAUUGGCUCCUGGCUGCAUGGCUUUCUUAUAUCUGUUCUAAACGUCAUCUUCAUUUCCCAGGUCUCUUUCUGUGGGCCUAAUGUUAUCAGCCACUUCUAUGGAGACAUCAGUCCUCUGCUCAACCUCUCUUGCACUGGACAGUUAGUUGCAGAGGUGGUGGACUUUAUCUUUGCUUUGCUUAUUCUCUUGAUCCCUCUCCUCUCUGUCAUCAUCAUUUCUUACAUGUACAUAAUCAGCACCAUUUUGUGCACCUCCAAACCUCAGAACAGGAAGAAAGCCUUCUCCACCUGUGCUUCUCAGCUGACUGUGGUCAUCAUCAUCUUCCCAGUCACCCUCUUCAUGUAUGUUUGAUCCAGGCGUAUCCACUCCCUGGAUCUCAACAAACUGAUCUUCAUCAUCUACGCUAUAGUCACAGCAAUGCUAAACCCAUUCAUUUACUGCCUGAGGAACCAGGAAGUGAAAGACACUUUGUGUAAGGCCUUGUGUGGCAUGGCUGCUGUCUCCAGAGUUUCUGGGUCUGAUCUUUGA